UCUAAUGGCACUUCCACCAUUUUCAUGCCCAGCAUUUGCAGAGAAACCCUUUAUUAACCUUAACCCUAGCGCUAAUUUAUUUCUACUUUUUCGUUCCCCAAAAUCCCAAACAUCAAUCUCUGUUAAUUAUAUGCCAGAAAUUGUAUCUCUUCCCAAAUGUCUCUGCAAAUGUAGGAAUAAUUCUUCUCCCAUUUCAUCAGACGAUUCUCCUUCAACGAGGGUCUUUAUCAAAGGACUUUCGCUAUCAACAACAGAAGGCUACCUGACCAAUGCUUUUUCACAGUUUGGGAAAGUUGACAGAGUUAAGGUUGUAACAGAUAGAGCUUCAAAACAAUCUCUUGGAUUUGCUUAUAUAUGGUUUACGUGUGAAGAGGAUGCUAAGUUAGCUGUAAAGAAGAUGGAUGGAAAGUUUUUUGAUGGCAGGUUUGUUCAUGUCACCAUGGCAUGGCCUGAAACUCUUUCAAAUAAACGAAAGGCCACCCCUUAUAGAUUUUAACAUGAACCUUGUUAGAAAUGCUUGACUAGAACACCAACCUUCUGUUUUGUUUCGAAAGAACCUUUGCCUUGAGGAAUCUUUAACAUUCCUUGUAAGUUUUGCUGAUCUAUUCAUUUAGAAAUCGUUCG